AUCUCUCAUUGGAAGUAUAAAUUACAUUAGCUAUAAUUUUUUUGAAGUGCAUGAAUAAUUUAUAAGUUAAUUUUAAGAGAAAAUGCGACGUUGGCGUUGUUGUAGUUUUGAAAUAGCUAAUAGAUACCUAAUUUUGAAUUCUUGAAACAGGAGAAUGCUUAAAAACUGUCAAAUUAUUUGUUAAACAUUUAACUAGUUAGUUACGGUAGCCCUAGUCCUCUUUUUAAAAGUUCAUAAUACUCUGGGAUAAGAAUUAUGGUCUUCACUGUUAAAGAUAAGCAGAAUAGUGCAUUUGUAUGCCAACACGUCCGCUACGAAAACAAGCCUCUGACCAAGCAACGAGUUUGAAACGCCAGCCAGUGUGCAUGCGCAAGUUUCCCUGUGCAAGCAAGCAGUCGAUCAAGGCCACAUUCAGUCAUAUCCGUGCAUAUGGACAGGUGUGUUGUAACCACCAAAAAUGACUGAUUUGCGCCAAUACACCAAAGUCUUCCUCAAGGAAUUUAUCGACUUGUACAAGUCGCAUCCAUCCCUCUGGCAGAUUAAAAACAAGGACUACAGAGACCGGACAAAGAAGGCGGCCGCUUACGAAGUCCUUAUAAACAAGUGUCGCGAAGUUGAGCCGGAAUGCGACAAAGACACCGUUGUGAAAAAAAUCAAUUCGUUGCGAACUUGCUAUCGGAAGGAGUUUAAAAAAGUUCAAAGGUCUGUGAAAGCCGGCGGAGAGUACAAACCCAAACUGUGGUAUUUCGACUUGCUUUCGUUCCUUAAUGAAGACUCGCUUUUGAGCGGCAAUGACUCGUAUUUUUACCUCGAUGAGGACGCUACUAACGACUUUUUUGGAGGGCACGAUCCGCUUACUUCCCAAAGCGAAUCGCUGAGCGAGUCUGGACCAAGUUCGCCCGCAAUGUUCAGUAAGAAUAAGCGGAAGAGGGAUGAACCGGCCGAGGCUUCUUUCAUGCAGAGACUCGAAGAGGACGAGUUCGAUUUGUUGGGGAAGAUUUACGCCAGCAAACUGCGGAAACUAGAGAAAGCUCAACGGAUUUACGCCGAAAAGAUAAUUAACGACGCUUUAUUUGAAGCAGAGCUGGGGAAUUUGAAUAGACAGUGGCGUUUAGUUACCGGUGAUUCCAACUUUCGGUCACACACUAACACGGAAAUUGAUCUCAAAUCGGAAUACCCGGACUCUGACCCGGCCGAUACUUCUUUUGUUGACUGAAAGCGCUACUGUUGAACCGCAAUUGGUCGCUGAACGAUUUGAAGACUUGAUAGUGGUUUAACGUUUUUCAACGAGCUGAUUGAAAAUAACUGAUCGUUAUCAAGAUAUAUUUCACUUUUUCUGCCGGUUCGUUAUAAUCCAUCUUCUCCAGAGGUUCUACACGUUUUUGCUGCAAUGUUGUACACGUGUAGUGUUACAAGAACAAUAUAUUUUUACUACAAGAAUUGUAUUUCUGUCAGAAUAACACGAAUGAAUAAAUACCCUAUAUAGCA